AGAGUUGCUGCAAGUUGCUGAAGCUGUCUUCCGAAGCGGCUGAAGCGUAAACGCGUAAAGCUUUCCUUAGUCGCGUGGAAAUGGCCGGGUGCUUUGACAAUAUUCAGUUCAACCGCCCCGAAUGGAUGGAGCUCGGCGAAAAGAGGAAUGCAAUAGCGUCGAUUGUGGCCGGGUCUUUGUUCUUCAUUGGCUGGUGGAUUAUCAUCGACGUGGCUGCACACUACCCUUCCAAUGCUGAUUUCAGCCGUGCUUUCCACGUCUGCGGCGUCAUGAGCACAUUAUCUCUUUUCAUGAUCAACGCUGUGUCCAAUGGCCAAAUUCGAGGUGACUCUUACACAACUGGCUGCAUUGGCCAGAGGGGCGCUCGGGUGUGGCUCUUCCUUGGAUUUGCCCUUGGCUUCGGCUCGCUCAUUGCAUCGUGCUGGAUCUUGUUUGGUGAUUACGUUACACAAGGUCGUCUGAGAGAUGAAAGCUUUUUCGAUGACCCAAAGCUGGCCCAUGUUGUGCCAGUCAGGAGGGAGGUGCAGUGGCCUGGCAUUGCCAUUUUCCUCCAGAACUCCUUCAUCUUUCUUGGGGCCUUGGUGUUCAAGUUCGGGCGAACCGAAGACCUGUGGGGUUGAGUUCUUAUCAGCACAGCAUUGUCACGGGCUGCACAAUCGCAGUCGCAAAAUUGCUAAUAAGAGGUUGUACUUAAUUAGCACCUCUCACCAUUUAUUUGCUAUUUUUGUGUAGUGUCAUUCUUCUAGGGAUAUUUUUUUGAGAAUUUUGUUUGCGUGUUAAACAAAGUAUGUACGCAUCGAUUUCUCUUAUUUACCAUAUGUAUAUGGUAUGAUGUUGAGUUUUUUCCAAACUCCGAAUGCAAGCUCAUUAAAGUUGGCCAGAUUCAUGCAGUGUAAAUCUACAAGUCUUUCGGCAAUCCAGCUAAUUUGUCUUCAAGGAAGGGCAAAAAAUAUGUCGGACCAUCUUCGCUGUUGUUUUGCAGUCGAUAUAGUAUCAUGCUUUUAAGAUCUUGUAUGAGAAACAAGAAAUGUUGUAAGAAACUUCAUGAUGAAGAUACGCCAUUGCAUAACUUCAAUGUGGUAACGCCUUGUCUUCUCGCAUUGCUUUUAUUUGCGAAAAUACAAGCUAUUGUCUCUUGAA